GACUAAUCUUAAGGUGCCCAUUUGCAUGCAUGCUCUCAUACAAAAGGGUGUUUGUGAGUACAUGGAAUGUCGGAGGCGAGCCGCCGAGUGAUGAUCUAAAUUUGGAGGAUUGGUUGGAUAUAAACAACAAUUCAUAUGACAUUUAUGUUCUAGGGUUCCAAGAAGUUGUGCCACUGAGUGCCAAAAAUGUGCUAGGGCCUGAGAGGAGUUGGGUCUCCAUGAAAUGGAAUUCACUCAUUAGAGAAACCCUAAACAAGUCGCUUUCCGAAAAGAAAAAUAUUGCUAAUGAAGAAACCAAGCUAGGGGAGAGAAAGAAAUUGCACCAAUUGAGGGAAAUUGCACCAAGCUCAUGUGAAGGAUCAAGUGAGAAAAAUGCAGCAGAAAAUUUCAGAUGCAUCAUAAGCAAGCAAAUGGUUGGGAUUCUGGCCUCAGUGUGGGUGAGGGGUGAUCUUUGGCAAUAUGUUCAUCAUCCGAGUGUUUCGUGCGUCGGUUGCGGCGUUAUGGGGUGCUUAGGAAACAAGGGUGCGGUAUCGGUUAGGUUUUACCUGCACGAUACGAGCUUUUGCUUCGUCUGCUGUCACUUGGCUUCUGGAGGUAAGGAAGGGGAUGUGCUUCUAAGGAAUUCGGACAUGGCGGAUAUUUUUGCGAGGACGAGAUUCCCCCGAUGUGGCUCUCUUGAUUUUCCACAAAAGAUCCUCGAUCAUGACCGUGUUGUCUUACUUGGCGAUUUGAAUUAUAGAAUCUCUUUGCCCGAGAGUAAGACGCGAUUUCUCGUCGAACAAAAGAUGUGGAACAUCUUGCUAGAGAAAGACGAGCUAAAAUCCGAGGUCUCCGUUGGUCGAACAUUCGAAGGUUGGAAUGAGGGUUUAAUCACAUUUUCCCCUACAUAUAAGUACUAUCCAAACUCAGAUGAGUAUUAUGGAUGUACACACAAUAUCAAGUGCGAAAAAAGGCGAGCACCUGCAUGGUGCGAUCGAAUUCUUUGGCAUGGCCGGGGAUGGAAGCAAACCCGAUACGAGAAAUGCGACUCGAGAUUGUCCGAUCACCGACCGGUGCGAGCGGUUUUUAGUGUUGAAGUUGAGAUAGUGAGAAGUUUGAGUUCCUUGGGGAGCUUCUUCUCGUCAGAAAGAUUAGAUUGUAGUGUAGAUGAUUUUAAUUUGCAAUCAAAUGAUGGACCAAAUAAUAAAAUGUCAAGCUUAUAAUUAAGUUUAGCUAA